ACGUGGGCGCGCGGGAGGCGGCGGCCGCUGCUGCCCGAGCCUGAGCCCGAGCCGGGCAUAUCGCCCUCCAUGCUGCGGGAGCCGCGGACGCCUCACGCUCAGCUUCUCUCCCAAGCCGAGCACCGUGAACAGGCGAAGCAGCCGAGGGGACCCGGACAGUGACGCGAGCGGCGCAGCGGGCUGGAGCGAGCCAGGCUCUGAGCGAAGGGCGCCUGCUUGCCGGGAGCAGGCAGCCUGGCUGGGUCGCUCGCCUUCGGCUCCUGACAGCGCUGAGGGAUUCGGGCAGUGCGAUGUCGCCGUGCUGCUUCUAGGCGGUGGCCAGGGACGCCUCCUGCAGCUGCUCUGCCGGCACCGUCAGCCCCCAAUUCCCUUCCACCCCCAAGUCCUCGGAUCGCUCCCGGAGGACGCGCCUGGGCACACUGGGAGAAGCGGGCGCCAAGUCCGAAGUCUGUUCCCAGCACCACCAACUUCCCCGGGAGCCCCUCGGCCCACUGCAGCCUGCGCCAGCCCCGGAGCGAUGCGUCCCCAGCCGGGCGGCGCGCCCUCUGCCAACUCGCCACCCAUGGGAUCCACUGCCCUCGGCCGCCCCGCUCCAAGCGCGUAGCUCAAGCCGCGCGGCCCAGGAGAGGAGUGAGAGACACUCAAGGGUUUCACUGACCCUACGUACACUAGACCGCUGAGAACCCCUACAAGAGAAGCAUCUGUAUUUGAGGGAUUGGGCAACAUCUUGGAGGAGGCGUGGAAAGAUCCCAAGAGCAGAGCAGGGAAGACAUGGAUGUUUUGAUGUUCUUCAAUUGGAAGAUCACAGCAUUGAGGAUCCAUUAGAUACUGUAUUAGGAACAAAGUGUUGAUGUCUUCCCACCUAUGAGCCCUAAGCAUCCCAAACCAGAAGCAUCUGCAGCCCAGCUACAUGAAGGAGACAUAGAAGAACCCUCUAUCCGCGGGAACUUGGAGACAGCUACACUGGAUCCUGUGUGGAAGUUAAGGAGACUGUUGCUGUGGUGGGGGCCUGAGAGCAUUAUUUCAUCCCAAUGUUGCUCUGACAUUUGUGUCUAAGAUUCAAGAAGAGUAAGACUAAAAAGAUGCCUCAGGAACAGUACUCACACCACAGGAGCACCAUGCCCAGCUCUGAGGGGCCACACAUAUACAAAGUGGGGAUUUACGGCUGGAGGAAAAGAUGCCUGUAUUUCUUUGUCCUGCUUCUCAUGAUUUUAAUACUGGUGAACUUGGCCAUGACCAUCUGGAUUCUCAAGGUCAUGAACUUCACAAUUGAUGGAAUGGGAAACUUGAGAAUCACAGAAAAGGGUCUGAAGCUAGAAGGAGACUCGGAAUUCUUACAACCUCUCUACGCCAAAGAAAUCAAGUCUCGACCAGGUAAUGCCCUAUACUUCAAAUCUGCCAGGAACGUGACAGUGAACAUUCUCAAUGACCAGACAAAAGUGCUGACUCAGCUGGUGACAGGUCCAAAAGCUGUGGAAGCAUACGGCAAAAGGUUUGAAGUAAAAACUGUUUCUGGAAAAUUGCUCUUUUCUGCGGAUGACAAUGAAGUGGUCGUGGGAGCUGAGAGAUUGAGAGUCUUAGGAGCUGAAGGCACAGUCUUCCCCAAAUCCAUAGAAACACCUAAUGUCAGAGCAGACCCCUUCAAGGAACUAAGGUUGGAGUCCCCAACCCGAUCUCUAGUGAUGGAAGCCCCAAAAGGAGUAGAAAUAAAUGCAGAAGCUGGCAACAUGGAAGCCACCUGUAGAAGUGAGCUGAGACUGGAGUCCAAGGAUGGAGAGAUUAAGUUAGAUGCUGCGAAAAUCAAACUACCUAGACUGCCUCGUGGAUCCUACACACCCACAGGAACGAGGCAGAAGGUCUUCGAGGUCUGCGUCUGCGCCAAUGGGAGGUUAUUCCUGUCCCAGGCAGGAACUGGUUCUACUUGUCAGAUAAAUACAAGUGUCUGCCUUUGAAAGACUAUCCAUAGUGGACAAUUAUCGGCAGCAUAAAGGCCCUUUUUGGCUUGAGACACUGGCUGCCAGCUAUUUUUACUAGAACACAGAAAGCCUAUCAAAGCCCUUUUGUGUGUGUGUGUGUGUGUGUGUGUGUGUGUGUGUGUGUGUGUGUAUGUGAGUGUGUAUGAGUAGUUGUAUGUGGGUGAAUAUAAAUAUAUAUAAAUAUAUAUAAAUAAAUAUAUAUAUAUCCUCUGUAUAAAAUGAGGUUUCAGUACAAAAGGAACCAUGGGUGACCCUGCGACAUCAUCCACUGUCAUUUUUCUGCCCCAUUCCCAUCACCCACAUGACAGAAUAUAAGCAUUCAUUCAGGCCCAGCAUUUCCCAGGCAAUUUCAAAUCACACAGUGGAUUGAGCACCCACAAAAUAUCCAUUGAUAUGUUCAGGAAAUCACCUAGCUUCUCUUGUAAAGUCAUUAGAGGCAAUGAUGGCGGGAAUCUUCAGGUCACUCUCAAGUGCUGAUAUACUGGUCAAAAAGAAAAUAUAGACCCAUCUGUAAUCCCAACACCAAGGAUGUUGAGUUGAUGUUGGCCAGCCUGGGCUAUAUAGUGAGACUAUGUUAAAAACAUAGAUAUUUGAUUUCCCUUUCUUAGCUUUAGCCAAGCUGAUCACAUUCUUCUCUUCAACAUAAGGGUGAGGUAAAACUAUAGAAAUUAGCCAUAAGAAUUCAAAAUGGCCACGCUACUUUGCAGGCCAACAUAGAUGUAUGACUAAAUGAAUAGGGGUAGGUCAUAUUGAGUUCUGAAAUAACUUAAUCCACUCACCCAAGUUCUAUUAUUCAGCUUCCUUUAAACUUACAUAUUCUCCUACAGUCAAUGAGUAAGAGCUUUGAAAUAAAAGCUUUCACCAUAGAAGAGGAGACCGGUUCCUCCUCUCUAGGCUAGAAACCACUCAAUGGCCUUACAGGUAAAGAAGAUGAGCGAAACAUCCAAGGGAAAACAGUCUCACAAGCUUUUAGGUUCUCCUUCCUGACUUUAUCCAACAGAUGGACUCAAAAUUAUUAAAUCAGUCAAAAUCCCAAAGAGUGAGCUCCAGAUCCCAGGAGAAGUCCUUUUAAGAUAAAAAUGUAAGAGAACCACAGGGAAGCUAGCUAAUUCUCACAAGUUUCUUGAGAUGAGUGGGCCAUUUAAAGACAUGUCAUAUUUUCAAGGGCUUGCACAAUCUCUCUUACUUUGCUCUUGUAUAUUUUGUCAGCGCUGGGCUAUUCAUAUUCCUUAACUCACUGUUGCAUUUUCCCUAGGAGUCACAAACCUAAGACUCUACAUGCUGCCAGAAUUGCUAAUGGCAAGUUAAUAUAAACAGGGUCAUGUGUCUGCAUCAGAAUCACUGUGUUCCCUGGGCUCAGCAGCACCCACUCCCCAUAUAUGAAAAUAGCUCUCUAAUUCCCGCCAUCAUCUACCUCUUAGCACCCCACCUUCAUUACCAUGCCCCAGGGUCACCCUGGCCAGCUCUUGUGCUGGGACAGGGGAUUAUACCAUCUCUGUUCAAAGAGGGGGAAAUGUGCCUAUGCCUUAAGCCAAUGCACUCAGCAAGGAGAAGCACAUCCUAUUUAUCUUGUUACCUGUAGUUUAUUUUGGGUGGUUAGAGGGAAAUGGUUUAGUCAUGACUGGACGUGAGAAACUGGUAGACAAACCAGUUUUCACAUUUAGGAUCUGAAGAGCCCAGAAUGGAGGUGUAACUGGUUUAGAACAUCCUUGAAGCCAACAGACAAGCAGUGACCCUACAAUUUUGAAUGAAGUUGUAUUUGUAGGCCUGAAUGGCAUUUGUUUUUGUUUUUGUUUUUGUUUUUGUUUGCCACAAGGUUUUAAUUUUUCUUACUUCACAAGAUGAAUGGUUUGUUAUAGGAGACAAAAAAGAAGUUUGCUAUUUCUGAUAUGACAUGCAAGCAUCCAUCUGGGGUUUGUACACAUGGUAUGUACUCCUCAGUUGCUUAUUGUCACAAAGAAGGAACUUUCCUAUCCUGACUCAUGACUUGGACUUCUGGCUUCUGGGCCAGGCCUAGCUCCCCUCACCCUCUCUGUAUAUCUUAUAUAGAGGCACUGGGUGGGUCAAUUUUGGGGCAAGAUCCUUAAAAUUAUUCCAUUUGCAGUAUGGAACUCUAAAAGGGGAUCCUGUGAGAGUCCUUGGGUCACUAGAUACUGAUGUUACCAGUAUCCUGUAGUCCCUUUCUGCCAGGAUCUACAUGUUUCACACACACGGGUAUCAUUUCAAGUCACAAAAAGCCCUUCUUAGCUCUUAGAAAUACCUAUCCCACAUCAUUCAAAUAAACAAUAACUCUGAAGUCCCUUGGGUUCAUAAAGAAGACAGGUUUGUUUGAGGCAAGUAGAAGGGUGUUUUCUUUUGUGUAAAUGGACAAACUGCCUUUGCAUCUCACACCUGUCACCUCUGGAUAAGAAGAAGUCACAAUGUCCCCUGAACCUCUUUUGAUUUUAUUUAUCAGUUGUGACAUAAAAGUCAUACUCCUCAUGGAUUUUAUGACAAUUAAAAACUGUUGUGGUCACACAUGCCAAAUUGAACCCUAGAGCAAGCAAGUAAAUCAAGCAAUCAUGAUCUUGAUUCAUACACAAACACACAAUAAAAAUAAUAUCAGGUAGGGAUAUAAAUCAAGAAUCUCUGGAGGAAUACAUAAUACAAAAUUGUGUUUAAUUCUGUCUUUCAAUUAUGUUAAAGGACCACAGUCUACCCAAGUAAUAAACAGGAUCUCUGGCAUGAAUAAGAUUAUGUAUUCCAGUUAUGACUAGAAACUAGUAAGAUGAAUCCUUUGUUAGUCAAUGAACUUCUUAUACCUGCCCACCCAAUGCUCUCCAACAAGAACAUUUGUUCACAGUCACAAAAGAAACUUUCACCAGAAUUCUUGGAGUGGGGUUGGGGGAGGAGGGAACCAGCAUUUAUAUUAAUGUCUGCUAACCCCUACUUUUUAGAAAAAAAUUAGUCUUUCUGGCCUUUAUAUAUAGUAUCUUCUAGACAAUCACACUUCUGGGUCUAUUAAGCAUUAUAAUAACAUGAUUCAAACAAAUCUUCAGCCCCCCUAGAACUUCUUCUGGUAUGCUACUGGUAUGCUACCAUUCUUCAGAAAGCAUUUUACAAAUCAAAAUGUAUUCUCCAGAUAUAUUUAUUACUUCCUUCUGUUUGGCAAGUCCAUUCUGAAAAUCAUGAGAGUUCCAUUUGGAGGGACUACUUCAAGAUGGCAGAUGUUUUGAAAUGCUCCAUGGUGGCAUCUGUCUAGAUAGAAACUUGAUGUGUGGCUCCAUAAUGGUUAAGUGACUAAGGGACAGCACUAACAGAGUUGAAUUGGUUUUUAGCUUCCUUCGGAUUAUUCUCUCUCUAGAUAAAUGUUAUUGCACAUCUACAAACCAUAGACCAAAGAUUGCUUGAGGGUUGACACUAUUGAAAGGAUCAAUAAACUAUGAAUUGGAGACCAAGCCUGAUUCCAUGGCCAGCAACAUUUACAUAUGAGCCAUGUCACUCUAUCCCCCCCCCCACACAGUUGAUUGCAUGGCCAGCAAACCAUUAUGAUUAUAUAGCCCUUCAUAAAAAGUAUUUGCUGACCCCUGAGCUACAGGUCACUUAUGGAAUGGGUUACACAUAGUGGAACAGAAGGUGGAUUUCUCAGUAACAGGGAGUAGCCUGUGUUUCCCUGGGGGCUUCAGAAUAUGAAACUUGAAUGAGUAUUUGAAGAAGAAGGACUUGACUAAAAGAGAAGGCAGAUCAGAAGACUUUGGGUAACGGAGGAAGUGGAAUGAAAAGAAGCUUGUGAACAAGCAAGAUGUGCUCCCAUUGCUGUCAUUCUCUCCAGAGGAGUUUUGAUAGGUGUUUCUCAGGUGACUAAUGUUUGACCAGAAGUGAGCGAAGAACAGUGAUCUUGAUUCAGUCUCUUUCCUAAAAAUUCUUGAGUCUAUCUGCACCCAAAAAGACUGUAUCUUUCCAUGUGCCAGAGAGACUUCCACACCUAGGUCCUCCAGAGAAUAGUUUUGACCUUAUAUGACCUCUGUUACCUAUAUCUCCAGUGUAGCCAGUAUUCCUAUAGCCUCACAUUAGGUACUGAAUAAUGGGAAGGAUGAAAAACAAGGACACCUUUAUAUAUGUAGGAAUAAGUAACCACUGAGAUCCUUUCCACAGAGCCAUUUCUAGGUGUGAACAGAUGAACAGCAGUUUAUUUUUGCUCUUAGGAAUUUGGGUCUUUUCUUUGCUCCUUGGAGUGGAGGGAAUACAAAAAGGGGUGGGGUGGGGGCAUGUUUCAUAUUCACAUACCUCUCUGCUUCUGUGCAGUAAGACAGAGUCCUACUGUAGAUCUGUCCCUUUCACUGAUACUACCUUUGUACUUGGUAUGCUAACUCUGCAUCAUGAUAAAUGGAACUUGGAGGAUGUGAAUAUUCACCUUGGAGAGGCAGGAUAUGUUUCAAUGAGAAUGUCUACCAUUUUUGGUCCUUAACUACAUUGUGACAGGAAAGCCCUCUGCCUUCCAUAUGAAUAUAUUAGGAGAAUCAGGUUGGCAGAGCAAUGAGGGUAUCCUGAUUUUAUUUAUUAUAAACAAAAGGUAGCAUAAUGCUUGGGCCAAAUCAUUGAAUUGAUUUGCAUUUUAAGCACCAAUUUUUUUUUAAGGAUCAAUAAAAUGAAAAAAAAAUCUUAUUUAUGUAAGUUGUAAACAAGACCAGAUCUCUCUCCCCACACCACAUACCUUAGGUAGUCUUAGGUACAAAGACAAGAUGAUAAUCAGCUCCUUGAAUGAUACAUUGGCAUGGUGCACCCGUAGCAGGCAGGUGAGGGGACAGUUCUAAUGAAAGAAACAACCUUAGAAAACAGGUCUUUCAUCUCAGAGAUAAAAUAUCUCUCUCUUGCAGUCUUUCAUCAUUUUUUUCCCUUGGAGGAAGGCUUCCCCAGUUCCAACAUAUUUCCAUUAAAAUAGUUGAAACUUACUGCAUUGGGAUGUCAGAUGCAUCUCUUCCUCUGUGGGUAAUCGGAAUUUAAAAUUAUACAGUUGCCUCUGAAUUUCCCAUUCACAAAGCCAAACCACUGAUAAGUGAUAAAGCAGCCACCAGCCUGCUGCUCCAGCCAGCACAAUGCACCAUAGGCAUUAGGCACUUUCUACAGCAAUGCGAUUCAGAAGAGUCUUAAAAGCUUUCUUCAUAAUGGAGUCCUUGAAAUUUGUCGAGGCAGGUCUGAAUGGCAAAGGGAAAAUAAUUUCUCAUGGGAGGUCCUCUUUCUGAGUAUAGUUAGAGCACAAGUGUAGAAGAAAAUCCCUUGGUGACAUCGAUGCUCGCGCAUGGAUGCCUCCCCCACACCCUCCGCCCUGACUCCCAGUUUUGCUUUUGUAGAAAUGGACGGAGUAAGAAAUCAGUAUCUUCUUUUGAGGAAGAUAGAAUGUCGUGAGCCUUUGAUGCAGUAGGGAGGGUGAAGUCACAACACAGGAUUAAUGGUGCCAUCAGACCCAUCCAUAAAAAGUUGCAAGUGUAUAGCAACAGCAGUGCCAACUGCUGCUCUUCAAGCCCAGCCACAGACAGCAUCAGGACAUGCUCUGAGGUUACAAUUGGAAUAGACUAAAAGAACAGUUGCUGGAGGCAAGAAGCAGCUUUCAAGUCCCAGCCCACCUGUCCUCCUAGGACACCAGAGUCCUCAGCCAAAAGCCUCACUCAGCGGGUUGCCAUCCUCAGUGCAGAGUGUGUGGCUUUUGCUUCCUCACUAAAUAGACAAUUUUAAAGCUGUCCUUGCUGAGAACAUAGGAAAGGAAACAUAUGUGUAAUAUUAAAAAAAACCUACCCUGCAUACCCAGUGUCUCUUCAAAGUCCAUGUUUACAUUUGUGUUGCAGGGAGCAGAAGAUAGCUUAGAUUUCAUAAAGUAAGAGACUCCAAACUAGACUGUUCAUUUAGUUGAGUGGUACAACAGUGGAUUGUCUGAGGACUUGGAAAUGACAUUGGUCCAUGGGGAAGACAUUAUUGUUUAGUAUUCCUGUUAACAUGACUUGUGAGACUCUAGGAUGUUGUUUUCAGAACAGCAGAAAAGCUAUAAAACGUCACCACAAAAAGGGUCAUGUCCUCAAAACUCAUGUGUAAAACAAGAGGUUUCCUUGGAUCCACAGCCUACCCUAAAAUAUGGGAAGAACUAGACUCUAU